AUUUGGAGCCCUCCUCACCGCCAUGGGAAUUCUGAGGCAUUUGAGGUGGCUGAAGCCGCUCCUGGCAUCCAAGUUUCACAUCUGCUGCAAUUCUCAGGCAGCCGAGGUAGCCAGGCAGCAGCUGCCCAGGAUCUACGUGACAAGGCGGAUUCCUCCGGAAGGAGCAAAGAUCCUGAGGCAGGCAGGACUCUGCCACAUUGAGCAAUGGGAUUCUGAUGACCCAGUUCCACGCUCAGAGCUGCUGAAGAAAGUGGCUGGGAUCCAGGGCCUCUACUGUCUACUGACAGAGACGAUAGAUGCUGAAGUUCUGGAUGCAGCAGGGUCCAGCCUGAGAGUGGUCAGCACCAUGUCAGUGGGAUAUGACCAUGUUUCCCUGGAUGAGCUGAAGAAGAGAGGGAUCCGGUUAGGAUACACCCCAGAUGUACUGACAGAAGCAGCUGCCGAACUCACUGUGGCUCUCCUUCUGGCAACAUCUCGUCGGCUCAUGGAAGCUGUGGAUGAAGCUAAGAGUGGUGGCUGGGGCAGCUGGAAACCCCUCUGGAUGUGUGGCUAUGGUCUGACUGGCAGCACUGUGGGGAUACUUGGCCUUGGACGCAUAGGAAAAGCUGUGGCCACCCGCUUAAAACCCUUUGGAGUAAAGAAGUUCCUCUACACCAACAGUGCUCCCCGGCCCGAGAUGGCUGCUGCCAUCCCAGCAGAAUUUGUGCCGCUGGAGGAACUGGCCCGGUGUUCAGACUUCAUCAUUGUGUGUUGCGCGCUAACCCCAGGAACAAAGGGCAUCUGCAACAGCAGAAUGUUCUCCCAAAUGAAAGACACAGCCAUAUUCAUCAACACGAGCAGGGGAGGUGUAGUGAACCAGGAUGACUUAUACCAGGCUCUGGCUAAUGGUCGCAUUGCAGCUGCUGGUCUGGAUGUUACGGUGCCUGAACCUCUGCCUACAGAUCAUCCUCUUUUUAAACUUAAAAACUGUGUGAUCCUGCCACACAUCGCAAGUGCCACAUGGAGCACUAGGAACGCCAUGGCUGUGCUAGCCGCCAACAACCUCCUGGCAGGCCUGACGGGAGACGCUAUGGAGAAGGAAGUGUUCCUCUGAGGAGGAGGCUGUGGCGAGGAACAUGGGGACAGCUUUCACCCCGGCCUUCGGACAAGGUGCCUCCUGGAUAACCGCAUCGUGCCGCUCUCGCAGGGCGGUGCACAAGUCCUGCAACUGAGCUCUGCAACGGAGAGAGCUGCACCAGAAACCUGAUCAUCAUUUAAAUUCUGUUUUAAUGACAAGUUGUUAGACCACAUGCAAGCAGAAUGCAUGUCCUACUCUAGAGAAAGAAAAGGUCCAUGUUAGUAAAACGGAAGAAUGGAAGCUUUUCUCAACCCUCUGUAAUUCAGUGGUCUCUUCAUACUGCAUUAUCAGCCACACUCUGUCUCCUCUCUACACAUGAGCAUUAUAUAGAUACCACGUACCCACCUUGUGAGGAGGGACCCUGCUGACUGUCCAGACACAGAGUCUGACAUUAACCAUGAAAUCGCAGCUCCUGAUCAUGGUGAGAUAGCUGUUUUUUUAGAACAUGACCUUCUCUCUAAGGCAAACUUGGCAUUUGCUCUGGUGAAGCGACAGGGACUCAUUAAAAUUAUCUCUGUUCUUCUUGUGGGUUAUAUAAUCUAUAGCAAAGAUCUCUCAUCUAUUUACUUUUGCAGAAUGAGCACAUUGGAGAAAUAAAACCUCUGACA